AUGGGGAUAUCUGCGGCACGCAAGCUACUCUUGGUCCUCGUGAUCACUGCAUGUGUCUUCUCCGGGAGUGCUGAGGCAUGGAGCUGGAGUUGGGGCUCUGGCCAGUCCGGUUCGAACUGGGGCUGGGGAUGGGGCUCCGACAACUCUGGCGGAUCUUCUGGCUCAGGCUCAGGUGGUUCAGCCUCAAACUCGGGUGGUUCGAGCUGGGGUUGGGGUUGGAGCUCCAACGGAACCGAUACAAACUGGGGUUGGGGAAGCAGCUCCGGCGCACACCACUCAAGCGGCACUGGCUCUACAAGCAACAGCCACCACAACCACACGUCCCCAUCAAACCACUCAAGCGGUACAAGCCACCACAACCACACGGCUCCAGUAUCGUCUAGAAGAAAGAUUGAGGUUACCGUGUGGAAAAACGGAUUCGAUUACCAAGAAUGGUCUUCAAAGCAAGCACCUUUAUACGUCGGCGAUGUACUUGUUGUCGAGUACAAGAAUAAUGAUCAAACCCAAUCCAAGGCGAAGCACAGCAACAAGAACGAUGUCUACUUGCUCCCAGAUUUGAGGAGCUUCAAGAGAUGUGAUGUGGGCAGAGGCAAGAAGCUAGCCGCAAGAGGAGGCUCAUCAUCAUCAUUAGGGUUCAAGUUGCUUCUCCGUAAGAGUCAGACUUACUACUUCACCAGUGGUGACCACAACGGCUGCAACCACAACAUGAAGUUCUCUCUUUCUCCAGUUCCCCGCUCUUCUCCACACACUAAACCCUAA